UGUGUGCGUGCUCUGGAAGUUUUUAUAAAAUCAAAAAAUCCCCAUCCUUUGAAUUCCCGCACAGAACACUACAACAGCAGCAGCAGCAGCAGCAACUGCCUAACUUCAAUCAAUCCAUCAAUUUAAUAAUUACAAAUUAAUGGCAGCAGAAGGGGAAAUCGAAGAACUUGAUAGUUUGUUUGAUUACACUCGUAGCUGUUUAGAAAUCAUUCCUCUCGAUGACGAAGAUGAUGAUGAUGAUGAUUCUACUCAUCUUAUUCCUUCGAAACGCAGAAAAUCCACUGAUUCUGUUGUGGAAAAGGGAGGUGAAGUAAUCAAUAUCGGUGUUGAUGAAGACAAGGAUGAUGAUUUGGAAUGGUUGGAGCCACCACCUAAGGUGGCCAUUGACAAGACGAAGAUAUGUGAGAAUUCUGUUAUUAAGGAAUUACGGAAGAAGAGGCAGGAGUUGAUGUCAUUUACCGAAUCAGCUAAAGAUGUGCUUCAAGCUGUUGAAGAAUCUGUAAAACGAGAUCUUGAAACAUCGAGUUUGGCUCCUGAAACUAAUACUGAAAAGCCUUCAAAAGCGGCUGCAGAAAGACCAAAGAUAGUUAUAUCCAUUCAAGAUAAAGACGGUGUGAAGCAGUUCCGCGUCUACAUGGAUGAUAAAUUUGAGCGGCUUUUCAAAAUGUAUGCUGACAAAGUGAACAGUAAAGUAGAAAGCUUAGUGUUUUCUUUCGAUGGGGAUAAAGUCAACCCUACAACUACUCCUAGCAGUCUGGGGAUGGAAGAUGAGGACUUGAUUGAGGUCUGUGUAAAGUCAAGUUGACCAAGUUACUUUGCUUUCGUGGUUGACCAACAAUACACUGCUAGAUAGACUUCCAACUGACACGAGCUGUUGUGAGACUCCAAGUGUAAAGUCAUACUUUCUAGUAGACCUUUGCUUGCCUGAAUAUCCGCUAUAGUCUCAACCACAGUAACCUACUUUCCGCUUAUUAUCUUUUGAAAGUACCAAUCCAAUAUAUGGUUAGUUUUGUAAGAUCUAUUUAAUCUUGACAUUGUUUUUACUUGUAAUACCAAUCUAGAAUAUGUGAAAACCCCAAUUUUGUUUUCUUAUAUAUACGGACUCAUCUUCUCAGCUUAAUUAUGUUGAAUAUCUCGUUUGUUUGUUUCUUCUUUACUUUUCUAAGGUUUCCGGUAUUGUAUCUAGUCUUUAGUUUUCUCGGAU